AUGUCNGGCCUUCCAAUGGUCGGAAACCUCCUGUCCCUUGACCCGGAGCUCCACUCCUACUUCGCCAGCAUGGCUCGGACCUAUGGUCUGAUCCAUACACUCCGGCUAGGUUCUAAAGUAAGCAUUGUGGUCACCUCGCCUGCAAUAGCGCGCGAGGUGCUCAAGGACCACGACACCAUCUUCGCCAACCGGGAUGUACCCCAUGUCAUCACAGCAAUAGAAUAUGGUGGCCGUGACAUAGUAUUCACACCAUAUGGAUCCGAGUGGAGAAUGCUGAGGAAGGUCUGUGUUCGUGACAUGCUCGGAAGCUCGACUCUAGAUGCUGUUUACACCCUCCGACGACAAGAAAUCAGAAAAACUAUUGGAUUCUUGUACUGGCAGGCGGGGCAGCCGGUUAAUAUUGGUGAGCAGAUGUUCUUGACUGUGCUCAAUGUGAUAACAAGCAUGUUAUGGGGUGGUACAGUUCAGGAGAAAGAGAGUUCUAGAAUCGGAGCAGAGUUCUGGCAGGUGGUUGGGGAGGUUACUGGGCUGUUGGGGAAGCCUAAUGUGUCGGAUUUCUUUCCCGGAUUGGCCUGGCUUGAUAUGCAAGGCAUAAGGAAGCAGAUGAAGGGACUGGCCCAGAGGUUUGAUCGGAUUUUCGAUAAGGUAAUUAAUCAAAGGAUAAAAAUGGAUAAACAGGGUAUUAUCAGCAAAGAAAGCAAGGACUUUCUGCAGGUUUUGUUGCAGCUGAAGGAUGCAGGAGAUUCGAAAACUCCAUUGACCAUGAUCCACCUCAAAGCUUUGCUAAUGGUAUGUUUUCCUAUUUCUACGGUCCAUGUGUACCAGUAG